UUCGUGUAUAUUGGGUUGCAUAAUAUGCACGAUAUUUGAGGUUGUGUUUUUUUGAAACUUUCGGUUAAAAACGGUCGAAACAUUUUCCACGCGUUUGACAAAUUUUUUAGGCGAAUCAGGAUGUCCUUCCUGCGGUACUCUCAGAAUAUUACCGGGGGCCCCAAAUCCCCGAACAAUGUCCACACUUGUAACGUUUGUCCGUAUUUUACGAGAUCCCUUUUCGUGAUGGUAAACCACGUCAGACAACACCGUGCACCCCUAUCCACGUUUAAUUGCGGAAAUUCCCCACUCGAAACUUUUUACUGUGAAGACUGCGAUUUCCAAACGGACUUGACUCUCGUUUUCAAGCAGCACCUGAAACAGUACCACAGUCUGUACGAAAAAGACGAAAAUUUGUCGGCUAAAGUCACCGUGCGGAACUACAUGUGUGAAAAAUGUGGCUUCGAAACACAUUUUUGUAUGAAAUGGCUUCAACAUGCCGCUGCGUGUUGUCCGAAGGAACUGAAUAAACGCAGAAAAUGUACCACCGUGUAUGAAUGUAAUGAGUGUUCUUAUAGAACUCAACUGGAACGGCUUUUAAAAGAUCAUGUAAUAUCACAGCACGAACAAGACGUUAAAUGGUAUCAAUGUAACGAGUGUCCGUUCAAAGCCAAACUAAAACGAAAUUUGCAACUUCACUUGACCACGCAACAUCAAAAAGAAGAACGGAUUAAGUGGUAUAAGUGUGAAAAGUGUUUGUAUAAAGAUAAAUAUAGAGCGAAUUUACAAAGGCAUUUAAAUACGCACCACUUAGAUGAGGAAGAAAUUAACUGGUAUGAGUGCGACAAGUGUCCAUACAAAAGUAAGUACAGUCAUAAUUUGGUCACUCACAUGAGUACUAACCACUUGGCUAAAAAAGACGUCGUGUGGUACCACUGUGAAGAAUGUGAAUUUAAAGCUAAAGACAAGUCAAAUUUAAAUAGACACGUGGUUGCACGUCAUUCAGAUAAGAAGGAAAUUAAAUGGUUCAAGUGUAAAGAGUGCCCAUAUAAAGCUAAGUCAAACGCGAAUUUAAAGCAACAUGUAUUGGCUCGGCAUGUAGAUGAAGAGGAUAUUAAAUGGUUUGAGUGUAAGGAGUGCCCAUAUAAGGGGAAACGGGCAGCCCAUUUGAAAAGACACAUGGAAACGCGGCACUCUGGCAAGAAAUAGGUACUAAAAUGGCGAAAUAUGUUAGGUUAAGUGCGUGUUUUAUCGGCUGGUAAUCGAUGAUACGCUCUUUGUAUUUUUUUAAUAAAUUUCAUUAUUUCACUGUGA